GUAAAAUUCAUCGAAAGUAGAUAGCCCUGAUCUACUUUAGACCCCUGUCAAAAAAUCUUGGCAGGUGGAUUACGUACGCCCAAAAGGCCACGGAGACCUCAGUGUUCAAGCAUCAAGCACAACCGUGAGCUUUGGUUUUCUUCGUCUUUCACUCCUCAACCUACAAUGCGGUGGCUACAGAUCCUCACGGCUUCGGUCAUUCCUUUCACUGCUCUGGCAGCCAAGAAGCCCUUCGGCGACCGAUUCAACGACUACCGUGCCAAAUCGCUGUCCUCGGGUCCGCUGAAGCUGGACGACCAAGCGUAUGCUCAAUUGACCAAAGCACCAAGAGACUACUCUGUUGCAGUCCUGCUGACGGCGCUGGAGACGAGAUUUGGUUGCACUCUGUGCCGAGAGUUUCAGCCAGAAUGGGAACUAUUGGGCAAGAGCUGGUUGAAGGGUGACAAGAAUGCGGAGAGUCGAUUACUAUAUGGAACACUGGAUUUCGUGGAUGGCAAGAACACUUUCCAAGCUUUGAUGCUCCAGACUGCCCCAAUCCUCCUCUUCUUCCAUCCCACCGUUGGACCGAAUGCGAAGCUUGACUCUCAGCCAGCCAAGUUCGAAUUCACGGGCGGUCCGCAAUCCGCCGAGCAGAUUCACAAAUGGGUCUCCCGACAGCUCCCCGCCGAUGUUCCGAAACCUGUAGUGCAGCGACCUAUCAACUACAUCAAGAUUGUUUCUGUGACCACCGCCAUUCUUGGUGUGAUUACCCUUUUCGCGGUCGCGGCUCCUUACCUUGUUCCUAUCCUACAAAACCGCAACCUCUGGGCCGCCUUCAGCCUAAUCGCCGUUCUUCUCUUCACCAGCGGACACAUGUUCAACCAUAUCAGAAAAGUCCCUUAUGUAUCUGGUGAUGGUAAGGGCGGUAUUAGCUACUUUGCUGGCGGGUUCAGCAAUCAGUUUGGCUUGGAGUCGCAGAUUGUUGCCGCGAUAUAUGGAGUUCUUUCUUUCGCCACAAUCUCUCUUGCCUUGAAGGUACCCCGCAUUGCGGACCCUAGGGCCCAACAAUUUGCUGUCUUCUUGUGGAGUGGUGUUGUGCUCUGCAUGUACAGCUUCCUCUUGAGCGUCUUCCGGAUGAAGAACGGAGGAUACACAUUCUGGCUGCCUCCCUUCUAGAAACUCAACACUCCGUGAAUCAAGAAUCUUUUCAAAGGUGACAAACAGGCCGUCCGAAUGCUACUAACUGAUGCAUUAUUUGGACAAGAGGGGUACAGGGCAAGAUGAACGUGAUCAGAUGUAUUAUAAAACUGUUGCGCAUAUGGGCUUUUCCAUGUGCCUUAUAUCAGGCGUUGGGGAGGAACUAGCGAAUUAAAAGCAUUUGCUUAAACUUAACACCAAACUGUUUACAGCUAUUACUCCUCCCAUAACCCAAUUUUAAGACG